UUUAAAUAAAAUUAACAUGAGUUCUAUUGAUGAACGUGAGGAUAGGCAAGUUCACCAAAAUUAAGCAUGAUCCUGAGAUGCAGAGUCAGCAGAAGGACAAGGAUAAGGAGGAGGUGACCCCCCAGCCUCAGAAAGUAGCAGGGAUCGGUGUCUUUAUGUGUGCUCUGACUCUUUUGGGGACCAGACUUGGAGGAGGGAUAGUAGGAAUUCCUGGGGCUAAUAAGACAAUUGGGUAUGCAACUUUUCAGAGUAUUAUGUCAGUCUAUGUGUUUAUGGGCAUGUUUUCGGUCUGGAUGUUGUUCAGAGUGAGGGAAAUUACAGGCAAAGCUUCUUAUUCAGACCUUGGGAUAUAUUUGUUUGGACCGUGGAGUAUUUACUUUAUCAACGCAGUAGUAGCACUUGCUCAGCUCGGUUUCCCAAUUAUAUUCUUUAUUGUGUUUGGAGAUGUCGCUAAAAGUUUGAUUCAUGAGAUCAACCCAGAAGCAGGUGAGUUCUGGACAUCAAGAUGGUUCACGCAUUCUCUUCUUGCAGUUUUAAUGUUGUAUUUGGUUCUUCAGAAGGAGAUACAAAGCUUGAAGUAUGCUGGGUUUGUCCUACUAGGAAUGAUUUCAGUGUUCAUUAUAUUACUUUUCUUGCACUUUUUGGUAUCAGAUCCAGAUCCUGAUCCAAGUGAGGACUUGGCAGAAACUACUGUCGACGUAGAAUUUCUUUCUAAGUUGCCUACAAUGGUUUCUUCUUUUUCAUUCCAGCCAUCUUUAUUCACUGCGUUCGCUUCACUCAAAAAUAAAACCACUGCAAAUGGAUUAAAAGCUGGCUGGAUUGCAAUUUGGGUAGCAUAUGUUACAUAUACUAUCACUCCAUUGCUCGGUUUCGGUCUUUUUGGAGAAGAAGUCGAAUCUAAUCUGCUCAAGAAUCUAGCAGGAGACUCCAGAACACUCCCGAUUAUUCUCCAAAUUGUUUUUUUGAUUAUUGCCAUCGUGCAUAUUCCAAUUAUAUUUUUUAUUGGCAAAGAAGCUGCUUUGAUAAUUUUUGAUGAAGCAACUAGAGGGAGUUACUCAAAGCAAAGCGGGAAACAAAAGGUUCAGGCAGACCCUUCUUCUGAGAAAGAAUCUGUUCAUGAAGAAAACAAGGAUGACCAAUUUGAAAAAGAUGAAGAAGAACAAGAAGGAGGUGACGAAAAUUCGCCUGUUCAUGAAUCUAAUCAGAAAUCGAUUCAUGAAUUAAAAUCUGAUAUAAAAGAAACGGUGAAUCCAAAAUAUCAACCAAGUAUGUCCCAUUCCUCAGAAGUUCCUAACAAAAAGGUAAAAGAGAGCACAGAUGUUAAGCUAACCAACCCCAAAGAGUACCUCAACAUGCAUCCGGGAUUCUAUUACAUGGUCACCAUCAUCUGCUACUUCGUCGUUGUUAUCCUUUCUAUUGUUGUCGGAGACGUCUCAGUGUUCUUCGGGCUGAUCGGAGCAACUGCAGGCUGUUGGAACAUCAUUGCAGGCCCAGCAUCAUUCUACGUGAUUGCAAUCCACAAGCACAAAGUUCCCCUCGACACCUGGCAGUCAAAACUGAGCUACAUCAUUGCCUGGAUAUAUUGCAUCCUAGGCUACGGAUGCAUGAUUGUCUUCAACAUCUGAGUAAUUUUAGAAGCAUAA